AUGGACAGCUUUGAGCAAGAGAUUGCGGGGCAUGGGAGUCUAAUUGUGCAGCUGACAGAGACCAAGGAGGCGCCCAAAAGGGAUUUCCAACGGAUCCCAGCAGCCCAAGCAGAACUGAUUUCCCCAGCCCAUUUCAGACAAGUGGGAGAGCUCAAAGUAGCAACGUCUAUCAAGGCUGAAGGCCAAGGUGCAGUGGUAUGGCAUGAUGUCCCCGGGAGCCAGGACGGCCACGUCUUGCUCAGCUUUGAUUAUAUCAAUGCCGAACUCCCAUCAGACGACGAAGACCAUGCAAAACUGAACUUCAAACGGGCCGCCAUCACUAUCAAUGACGACCCUCACCGCAAAUUCCAGGUGCAUUUUCCUAUAACUGGAAUGACAUGGUCUGAUGUUUAUCCAGGCUAUCUAGUUUCACUUCCCCUGCCAAAUCCGAAAAACAAGGUCCGGAUCGAAGGUUUAGAUGGUGCGGCGCCAGACUUUGUGGCAUUAUCAGUCGCCAUACAACCCGCUCCAACUACCACCAAAACCAAUUAG